AUGGAAAAGUCCAGGAGCAACAACGGCUCAGCCACGGAGUGGGGUGCUGAUGUGUGUGUCCCGCCACUGACUCCCUCUACACCCUCCCGAGUACCGGCUGAGGCGGCGCCAAAGUUCAACCACAUCCCACUGCAGUCUCUGGAUUUGGAGGUGUCCCCUGGCUUCCAGCCCGUCCUGGUGUCCAGCCAGCCCCACCCGGCCCGCUCCCCCAUCUCUGGAGUUCUUUCUCCAGCUUGGAAACCCUUCAAGCUGUACGUCCAUGCCUUCCUGAAGAAGGACGACUCUGUGGGCUACAGGGUCCUCGUGCAGACACAGGACCAUGCUCUCACCUUCAUACAGCAGCCAGGACGUGUGGUAUGGACCAGAGAGGAGGCCCUAGCGGAUGUUGUUACCAUGGAGAUGGUGGACCUGCCUCUCACUGGCACCCAGGCGGAGCUGGAGGGGGAGUUUGGCAAGAAAGCUGACGGGUUGCUCCCCAUGGUCCUGAAGCGUCUGUCAUCCCAGGUGAUUCUGCUCCAGGUGUGGCUGGCCCACCUGUGGAAGCUGUUCUACGAAGCCCGUAAACCCCACGGCCAGGUUAAGAACGAGGUCACCAUAGAAACGUUGUCCAGGGAUGAGUUCAACCUGCAGAAGAUGAUGGUUAUGGUCACGGCCUCGGGGAAGCUGUUUGGCAUCGACAGCAAGUCAGGCUCUAUUCUGUGGAAGCACUACCUGGAGAAUGUCCAGCCCAACGCAGUUUUCAAACUGAUAGUCCAGAGGACCACCGCUCACUUCCCACAUCCCCCACAAUGCACUCUGCUCAUCAAGGACAAGGACACUGGCCUGGCCUCCCUGCAUGUGUUCAACCCCAUAUUUGGCAGGAAGAGUCACAUCGCCCCGCCAGCCCUGCCCCGCCCCAUCCUCCAGUCACUGCUACUACCUGUUAUAGACCAGGACUACGCCAAGGUCCUGUUGCUGGUCGACGACCAAUACAAGGUGACAGCCUUCCCCUCCACUAAGAACGUCCUGCAGCAGCUCCAGGAGAUGGCCUCCUCCAUCUUCUUCUACCUCAUCCGCUCAGAUCAGGGAAACCUGUCUGGAUUCAGGCUGCGCAAGGACCUGUCCACAGAGCGGAUCUGGGAGGUGGUCCUUCCUAUAGAGGUUCAGAAGAUAGUAGCGGUCAAUGGGAAGAGACCCAAUGAGCAUGUCCACUCUCAGGGCAGAGUGAUGGGAGACCGUAGUGUUCUCUACAAGUACCUGAACCCUAACCUGCUGGCAGUGGUGACGGAGAGUACAGACACCCACCCUGAGCGGGCCUUCGUGGGCGUGUUCCUGGUCGACGGUGUGACUGGAAGGAUCAUCCAUGAAGCCGUCCAGAGGAAGGCCAGGGGGCCCGUCCACUUUGUCCACUCUGAGAACUGGGUGGUGUAUGAGUACUGGACCACCAAGUCCAGGCGUAAUGAGUUCAGUGUGCUGGAGCUGUUUGAAGGGACAGAGCUGUAUAACAGCACAGUGUUCAGUAGUCUGGACAGACCCCAUCUGCCCCAGGUCCUCCAGCAGACCUACAUCUUCCCCUCUCCCAUCACCACUAUGGAGGCUACACUCACUGAGAAGGGCAUCACCUCUCGACAUCUCCUGGUGGGGUUACCAUCAGGAGCCAUCUUGUCUCUCCCCAAGAUGUUCCUCGAUCCACGGAGACCAGAGGUCGUCACUGAACACAGCCGUGAGGAGAACCUUAUACCCUACGCCCCAGAGAUGCCCAUCCGCACAGAGUGGUUCAUCAACUACAAUCAGACCGUAGCGAGAGUGAAAGGAAUCUACACUGCCCCCUCUGGCCUGGAGUCCACAUGUCUGGUGGUUGCGUACGGUCUUGACAUCUACCAAACCAGGGUGUACCCCUCCAAGCAGUUUGACGUGCUGAAAGAUGACUACGACUACGUCCUGAUCAGCAGUGUUCUGUUCGCUCUGUUCUUCGCCACCAUGAUUAGUAAACGUCUGGCACAGGUCAAACUGCUCAACCGGGCCUGGCGGUGAAAGAGUCAACUUCUCACCUUUCAACUCUGACCCCUUCCCCAUUGCUGCGUGGAUGAACCCGGACGAUGGAGGUGGACGAGCUGAAGCCGUUUGACAAUAUCAGCUUAAAAUCACCCCAAUGAGUCAUUUGAUGGGGGCGGGGGUCAGCCAUCUUUCUUUUUCAAGGAAGAGUUUCAUUUCGAUUUUCCUGUUUUUUUUUUUUUGUGUGUGUAUAAUUGAUUUUGUAACAUUUUACAUUGAGGCAGCCUUUUAAGAGUAGUUAUGUCAUUGCUAAUAACACGUCAUUAACUAAACUACUGAUAAAUCCUUUAUAAUCUCCCUUAAUUAAAGGAUAACUUAAUGUAAAGUGAUUUUCAUGAUCACACGAUAUGAAGUUAAAUUGUUCUUUCACCACAACGAAGAACAGUGCGUGGUUACUUGAUGCAUCUCAGAGCAAGUGUUCUUCAGACUGAAGCUCUGAAAUGUUGUUUAGCUGUGAAUGAUUAGGAAAUAGUCUAUAAAGAUUAGGCUUUUUUUUUAAAGAUGACUAAAUGUGGUAGAAAUGCGUCAAGGGAUUUAGCAGAUUUGACUGUUUUUAAUUGGGUUUUAAAAGAUUUCCAUAGAUAUUUAAAAAAAAAUGUUGGUCAAGAUGGUUUUGUUGUUAUUGUUUUGUUUGAAGGAACUGUGGGGUUGUGGGUGUACUGAGGUGUUUGUCUUUGGGAUCGACUGCCUCUGAGGCUAUCACUGUUGCUCUUUCUUUGAUGCGCUGGAGUUUUUUUUUGUGUUCACAUGAUUUAUCUUAACUACUAUUCCCCCCCCAUGGCUUUUGUGUAAAUGUAUAGUUUAUGUACAGUAUAUUUAUGUCUUAAAAACAUUUGAUUAUUAUGGCACUCCAGAGUAUUCAUUUUUCCUAUUGAGGAGAACAACUCUGCUUGUACAACACAUUUUCACCAAAACGCCGAUACCCUCAAUAAAAUAAUAAAAUAAAAUGAA